GGCGACCGCUUGCCGCGCCAUUGUGUAACGCUUUGUUUCGCUGCUAAAUUUCCUUCUCUGCAGACAAUUGCGGAGUCUUCAUUCUAGGGAAUGGUUGAACUUGUUUCUCAACCAUGGUUAGAAAACAGGAAGCACAGAGAUGAUCGCUAAGACCAUUGAGAAGGGGAGAAAAAUGUAAAUCAGAAAAUUGGAGUGCUUGAUUGGUUGGUAUGCGAAUAGUUAUUGUGGUAGCGUUGCGUUUUGGUCGUCCUCGCAACCUCAGCUGUUCUUGGAGGGAAAAUAACGUAUUGGAUUCUAUAAAGGCUGUCAAAUGAUAGUUUAUAAAAAGCGAAGGAGAAAAGUUGACCCGGUCAAGCAAAUCUUGGCUCGAAUCGACGAAAAACAGAGCAAGACAGGGUUAUCAUUAUACUCAACAACUGAUGUCCAUGAACCAGCAAAGGAAGAUGUUUUACCUAUGGUAAAUCCCUCAAGUGAGCCUACCUCAGUGUUAAGCAAGAACUCUUCAUUUUUCCCUGACCUGUCAGCUGCCCGUCAGAAGGCUCACAGAAGAUUAAAUGCAGGGUUACAACAUGCUGUGGAUGACAGUGAUCAGAAGGCAGCACUGUACAUGCAGGCCAAGGCAGACAGACAAUUAAACCUGACAUUUCCUCCUGCUAAGUCACGGGGAACAACAGCUGCUGAGAAUCAAGACAGACUGGGUUAUGCAUUCAGUGGCUGGUCUGAUAGUCCUUCAGCAGGGGUGGAAAAUCUUCGUUACAAUUCUCGCACCAGUUUGAAUCCCUUUGGAUACAACAGAAGAACUUUGGCAUUUCAACCAACUUCACUAAAUUAUGUUGUGGAAUGGCCUGAAACUUGGCCCUUGAAGAUCAUGAGUCUAGGUAAAGGAACUGGGCCAGCACACAGACGGAAAACAAAACCCAAGCCUAAAGUUCAUCGCAGAGUGCACUUUGAAACGUCUCCAGUCCCUUCCAAUUCAAGAACGAUUUCAAACAGAGUGUCCACUCAAACUCUAGAUGAUCCCAUGCCAGAUCAGACUAAACAGGUGUUACCCAACAUACAGAAUCCUUCAACAAGUGUAGCAGUGGGAUCAGCUCUGCAAGGGCCUCAUGUUGCAGAAUGUCCUACCCAUAACAAUAAUGCUGAGGUUUUAUCUCAAGGAAGUUACCCUGACAGAACCAUGCUUGGUGUGGGAGAAGGACUUAAUUCAGAUAUAUCAAGAGUGUACUCUGAUGCGAGCUCGAUAUCUGAAAGUGCCUUUGCCAGUAUAUUGGAGGGCAAGGCUACCGAAGAACCACGUGAGACAGAGAAGCAGCAAACUGACAGUAUACCCUCGUGUAGCCCAACCCCCAUCAAAACAGCGGGUGAAAUGGUAGAUGAUGAACCAGAGAGUGUUGUGGAUUCAUUAGGGGUUGAAGAUAAGAUGGAAAACGAACAGUCACAAGAUCAAUUGAUGGACAUCGUGACGGAGAUAGCUGCAGAAACACCUGCAGAGGAUUACAUGCAGAACAUUUGACAGUUGCGGCUACGCGACCUGAGAGAGGCAUGCUUGGAAUAUAUCCGCUGGCCAGAGACAAAGCAGGCACCUUGUGUGAGAAGUGAGAGCUCCAUUGACAGUGUUUAAUACUGAAUGUUUUUUAAUUUAUUCUAUGUUUUCAGGUAGUCUCUUGCAGAGAACGAACUUACGUCCUGAGUAACAUUCGAAGAAAAACAGAACAUUUAAUUUUAG